AUGGAAGCUAUCCCGGAUUAUGAACUUUCAGACUGCUCAGAGCUGAGCUCUGUACCCUCGUCUUCCUCUACGCCUGAGCCAGAGACCCGGUACCCGACCCCGUCCUCCCAGGAGGGUGAGGAUUCUAUGCGCCAAGACUGCCCUCCCGCCAAAAAGAGGAGACGAAACCCUCUACCCAAAGAACGUACCACCCAAUAUCUUAAUUUGGCGCAAUCAUCCCACAGCCAACAGCCUCAGGCUAGAUUACUUGUUGAAACUCUCCGUCACCAAAAAGAUAUCGUCGCCAUCGCUGGAGCUGGCAUUUCCACUUCCGCGGGUAUUCCGGACUUUCGUUCCUCGGGCGGUCUGUUCAAAUCUUUACAAGAGAAGCACAAUUUGAAGACCUCUGGUAAACUUCUAUUCGAUGCUGCUGUCUACCAGGAUGACGCCUUGACGGCGCCCUUCCACGAAUUAGUCCGGUCGCUUAACGUGGAGUGCAAAGACAUUACACCAACCCCAUUCCACCAAAUGCUUGCUCGCAUGGGCAAGGAGAACCGCCUCAAACGUCUUUACACCCAGAACAUUGACGGAAUCGAAACGUCCAUGGAGCCACUACAAACAGAAAUCCCACUCAACAUCAAAGGCCAAUGGCCCGUCACCAUUCAGCUCCAUGGCAGCAUCCACGUGAUGGUUUGCCAGAAAUGCCGCUCCACUACCCCCCUCGACCCCGGAUUGUUCCAGGAAACCGAUCCUCCAGAGUGCCACCAAUGCAUGAUAACCGAUCAAGACCGCCGCAAGCAAGAGCGACGCAGCCAUGGCAUAGGACGUUUGCGCCCACGCAUCGUCCUUUACAACGAGCACAACCCCGACGAGGAGGCAAUCACAUCCGUCAUGAACGCAGAUGUCAAAUCUCGCCCCCGUGUCUUGAUUGUCGCUGGUACUAGUCUGAAGAUUCCUGGGGUUCGACGUCUCGUGAAGAGCCUGUGCGCGGUUAUUCGAACUAGAAAGGACGGAGUCACCAUGUUUGUCAACAACGAGCCUCCCGUCGGCAAGGAAUUUGAGAAUUGUUUCGAUCUGAUUGUACAAGGGUCCACCGACCAGGUUGCCGAACUUGUGGGACUGAAGCACUACGAGGACUCCUCUACUUGCGAACCCCUGUUCCCAGAGCCGGUCUUUGGAAUCAAGGAGAGCCGCGAUUCGGAAGCCUCCGAGUCAGAGUCCGGCGCCGUCUCGGUCGUCAUUAGCACCCCGAAGAAGCGGCAACUCUCUGAGACCGGCCUACUCACACCCUCAGGUAGUAAUGAUGAGAAGGCCGAACUCCCAGGCAAGCGCCUGGAUCUUAAGGGUCCAAAGCUCAUUGAUGUCCUCAAAGGUGCCAAGUCCGCGCCUCGAAAGAAGGCCACUCCUACCGGAGGUAAGAAGGCAAAGAAGCCUCGCGCAAAACCUGCGCCGGCCCAGCUCAAGUCUAUUAACUCCACUUUUACCGUUGGCAAACCUUCGGUUAAGCCAGCGACAACGAAGGCCAAGGCUUUGUCGACUACCAACGGCAACCUUACCCCCAAAUCGGAUGAUAUGGCUGCCAAGGCUUCACCAAUUUUGGUAGUUGCUCCUCCCCCUCAGGAUUGUCGCAAUUGA